CUGUUGGCCAAAGAAGAAAAGAUUCAAAUAAAUGUCAGCGGGAAAAGGUAUCAAAUGACUUCUCGACUGCUAAAGAAUUUCCCGAACAGUUUACUGGGCAAUCCUGCAAAGCGUCAACUGUGUACGGAAAACGGUGAAAUGUUCUUUGAUAGGAAUCGAAUAGCAUUUGAGAGCGUUUUCAAUUUCUACACAACUGGAGGAAAGCUUGUACUGCCUAACGAUGGCUUAUCCGAGCAACUGGUAGCUGAUGAAUUGUAUUUUUUCGGAGUAUAUGACUAUUUGAGUCAGCACGACAAAAGAUACAGUUUGCCGCUUCCAAGAAGAUUGCAGACAAAGAAACUCCUUAAACCAAAAGGUGUUUAUCGAAAGAGAAUUUGGGAAGUGUGUGAAGUACCCGCAUCAAGUACCUUUGCGUGCAUCCUCAAUCUAUUUUCGCUGUUUGUAAUAAUGAUUGCAGUUGUUUUAGCAUUCGUCAGUUCUUUACCAAACAUACGAAGCUCGCAGGAUUUUGCAGAGAUCACUACAUUGAAAAACACAACAAGUCAUAUGACUUCUAAUCAGAACCAUACGACGACUACAACAUUCAGCAGCUUACAUGCCAUGGAGUUUAUCUUCAAAGCUGAACUAUGUUGUAUUGCUUGGUUUACGUUAGAGCUUUUAGUACGCUUUAUCGUUGCUCCUGAAAAGCGCAAAUUCUUUCUCGGAGUUUUAAACAUCAUAGACAUUGUAGCAGUUCUUCCGUUCUACAUUUCAUUGAUCGCUUCAAUCAAAAACAUGGUCCCUAUUUACAUCAUCAAAGUCUUCCGUCUUUCAAGGAUUUUUCAAGUGCUUAAAAUCUCACGCCUUAAUUCAACAGUGAAAGUUGUUGGCAAAACUGCUAAAGCCUGCGUGUACGAUGUCUGGACUAUCGUAUUUCUAACUUGCAUCGGCACGGUUCUCUUCGGAAGUACAGUGUAUUACUGUGAGCAGUGGGACGAGGGAACUGUGUUUCACAGCAUACCUCACGCAUGCUGGUGGGCCGUGGUGACGAUAAGCACGCUAGGCUAUGGUGAUUUGGUGCCUAAAACCUUAGGU